CCCGACAUUUGUGUUCACCUUACUUUCCUCGUCACUAUUCCGCGUCAAACCAGAGUUAAUUAGCCUGUGACAUUUUGCUCGUCUUUUCCACUCUCUCCUGUACCACCGCGAAGAACAAACAACACUCCUCUCUCUUUCGCUUUCAAAAAUCUUGUGUAAUCAAGAGGAAAAAUGGACUACAGCAGUGAAGAAGAGUCAGAUUUCAGUGACUCAGAGAUAAAUGAUUAUGCGGACAAACCAUAUGAACAGCUGAGGACUGGAAAACUAGUUGUGAAAACAACAAAUGGAAUUCUUAGAUGUCCGUUCUGUAUGGGGAAGAAAAAACAGGACUACAAAUAUAAGGAUUUACUCCAGCAUGCUUCUGGAGUUAGUAAAGGCUCUAAGAACAGGAAUGCUAGACAGAAGGCGAACCAUCUUGCUUUAGCAAAAUAUCUAGAGAAUGAGCUAGCUUCUGAAGCAGACCAAAUACGGCGUCCGACUCCACCAGCUCCUAUUAGUCGAGAUUCAGAAAAGGAGCUUUAUGUAUGGCCUUGGAUGGGAGUCAUAGUCAAUAUAUCAGUAGGGGAGGACAGAAAGUCAGUCUGCGAUUCAGGGUAUUGGAGACAAAAGUUUGCUAAAUAUAGGCCCUUAGAUGUUUAUACUUUUUGGAAUGAGAAGGAAUCCCAUGCUCAGGCUGUAGUUGAAUUCAAUAAUGAUUGGAAUGGUUUUGUGAAUGCAACGGACUUUGAAAAAUUGUUUGAGACCAACAAUCAUAGUAAAAAGAAUUGGAAAACCAAAACAAAUUCCAGCUUGGAAAUUUAUGGUUGGUGUGCACGCGCCGACGAUUAUAACUCAAAUGAGCCUAUAGGUGAGUUUCUUCGGCAGAGAGGGAAAUUGAGAACGGUCUCAGACAUUGUGAACGAGGCAACUCAAAGUAGGAAUACGGUUGUGGAGAAUCUUACACAUGAAAUUGAUUUGACUAAUAAAAAUCUGGAUGAACUACAAUACAAGUACAAUGAGAAGACAAUGUCUUUAAGUAGGAUGCUUGAAGAGAAAGACCAGCUUCACCAUGCUUUUGUUGAAGAAACCAGAAAGACACAGAGACUUGCACGAGAUAAUGUUCGAAGAAUAUUAGAAGAACAAGAAAAACUGCACCAAGAGUUGGAGACUAAGAAAAAGAAACUUGAUUCCUGGAGUAAGCAAUUGAACAAACGUGAAGCAUUGACUGAACUUGAGAGACAAAAACACGAUGAAGAGAAGAAAAAGAAUGAUAUGAGGAACAAUUCGCUCCAGUUGGCUUCUUUGGAACAGAGAAGAGCGGAUGAAAAUGUUUUACGCCUUGUUGAAGAGCAGAAGAGAGAGAAAGAAGAAGCUUUAAGCAAGAUUCUGCAGUUGGAAAAGCAGCUGGAUGCGAAGCAGAAGCUGGAAAUGGAAAUUCAAGAACUGAAAGGGAAACUGCAGGUUAUGAAGCAUCUUGAGGAUCAAGAUGAUGUUGGAGUACAACAGAAGAUGAAAGAAAUGGAUGAUGAUUUGAAUCAAAAGGUUGAGGAUUUGAACGAUUUACAGGAGUUAUAUCGAACGCUUGUUGCCAAGGAGCGUGAAAGCAACGAUGAAUUACAAGAGGCCCGCAAAGAAUUAAUAACUGGAUUGCAAGAUCAAUCAUCAAAUGGCCGUCCUAAUAUUGGAAUAAAGAGAAUGGGAGAUAUUGAUAUUAAACCAUUCCAAAACACUUGCAAACAGAAAUUUUCUCCUGAUGAGGCAAUGGUGCAAGCCUCCACUUUAUGUUCCUUGUGGCAGGAUAGUUUGACGGAUCCAAAUUGGCAUCCAUUUAAAGUUGUUACUAUUGAUGGGGAUUCCCAGGAGAAUAUUGAUGAAGACGAUGAGAAACUGAAAGGUCUGAAGCAGGAAUGGGGCGACGAGAUAUACAAUGCUGUCGUUACUGCCCUGAAAGAGAUGAAUGAAUAUAAUCCAAGUGGUCGUUACUCCGUACCCGAACUAUGGAACUUUAAGGAAGGAAGGAAAGCUACUUUGAAGGAGGUCGUCAGCUAUAUUGUUAAGAGUAUCAAGUCACUGAAGCGAAAGAGAACAUGAGAGGAAGGUCCCUGAAGCAAAAAAGAAUGCGUGAGGAAGGUGUUAUCUCAUCUUUUUUACUGUUAAAACCCAUUUUUUUUUUAAAAUUUCCUCACAUAAUCUUUUGUAUGGAUUAAUUUUUAAGUACUUUGGCUAAUCUCUUAACUAUGGGAUCGAAAAGGUCGAGACGUGGUUUGGUUAAGGUUUUAUCAAUAUGCUAGACAUUCAUGUAGCGCCUUGGAUAUGGUUAUGUGCUGAUUGUUAUUGAGUUUAUAAAUUUAUAUAACUGCAUGAUAUUCA